AUGUCACCGCUCGAUCCUGGAACCAAAAGCCGCAUUCUUGUCACCGGGGCAAAUGGCUUCGUGGGACAUCAUGUCAUCAAGCAGCUUCUCGACAAUACGCCACACCAGGUAGAAGCGACGGUCAGGAGCUCUCAACAAGCCACGCAGCUCCAGGCUGUACAUAUGCAGCAUCCACGACUUACUAUGCAUGUGGUUGCAGACAUCACAAAGUCAGAAGCAUUUGUACUGGCGUCUCGAUACUGCCAUGCAAUCAUUCACCUUGACGCGCCUGGCUUUUCUGGCCAUGAUGACUACGAAAAGAACCUACUGUUACCGGCUAUCCAGAGUGUUCAGGCUAUUUGCCACGCUGCCAAUGUUAAUGAGAGCGUGAAAAGAUUGGUCUACUGCAGCAGUUUUGCUGCUGUUUUUGACCCUGCUCCGGAAGGCUCUGCACCAGACAAGGUAUACACAGAGGAUGAUUGGAACCCAGCAACAUACGAUCAGGUAAAAAAUGCUUCUGAUAAGAUGCAAGCGUAUCAGGGCAGCAAGGCCAUAGCUGAGAGGGAAAUAACGAAACUAUGCUCUGAACAGAAUAGAUGGGACUUGGUUUCUCUGUGUCCUGGUAUCGUGUUUGGUGCACCGGUCGAAGGCUCAGUUAGCGGGUCGCAAGAGCUCGCGCAGACCAAUCCAGCGCUGAUGAGUCUUUUUGACGAGGAGGAAGUUCCAUCAACUGCAAUUCCCGUAUGGACUUCUGUUACAUCUCUCGCCCAAGCUCAUGUUUCAGCUCUCUCCGCCCCGAAAGUAGGCAAUGAACGAUUCCUCCUUAUCAACGGUACUUUUGACAACCAGGAGCUUUGUGACCUGAUCAGGUCAUCGGAUCUUGAUGAAAGUAGCAGAGAGCGUGUUCCCAAAGGUCAUCCUGGUCGCCACCAGAAAACCUGGAAAGCUGAUGAUAGCAAGGCAGCUAAUUAUCUGAAGUACUCAAAGCCGGAAACCCUGCGAAUGAAUAGUACAACUUAA